UGUAUGCUGAUAGACAGCAAUGCCUAUGUCAUUGUCCACCCGCGCUUCUUCACCAAUCCGGACAGCAUCACCAGCCUCCAUCUCUCGGCGUUCGAGCCGUUCUUGAUGCACAACAUGUACCACCUGCAGCUCGUGAAGAAUGCCACUGCUCCUUUGGAGGGCGGAGGUAUCUCUCAGUGCGUCUUUUUCUCGAUUGUGCCGGUGGAAGGAACCAACACUUUCUUUGUCGUGGUGGACAACGAACGGAGUUCGGACCCAGAUUGUAAACCGGUCUCGUGUCCCUGUGACCCCGUAAGCCAGCUGCUUAACCUUCUCAUUCUCCCGCGCCUAUCCUCCUCUCCGAGCAACCGUGCAGCAGUCUGCCAGGGUUUCUGCAUGUGUCCCUGCGUGGAGGAGAUACCGCCUGAAAACUACAAUUCUUGCCUCGAGAGUUUUACCGGACUCUGUGCUCACGUCUGCCCUCCACUCACUGGACUCCAAGACCACUCUGUCACCACGGUUACCAACCCCAUCGAUGAAGGCGUAAAGGCGUGCUACCCUCAGAACUGUUCUCAAAAGGCCACUCCACUUGACUGUCUAAGCAACGUAGUGUGCGAAGUUGUCACGACUGUUCUCGAAAACGGGACUUCGAAUUUCGCGUGUCAAGAGAUCGGUUUCACGCCUCCCACGACCGGAGAAGGGAGUGAUACGGGAGAGAGCAUCAAGGCCAACAGCGCACUCAUCUGGCCGAUUGUGUCCGGAGUGCUGCUGUUAGCUCUGCUCCUGACGGUGUUCUGUUCCGUGGUCCACUGCGUGAGGGGGAGACGAGUUGCACGGAGAGUUCGUCCCGGUCGCGCCCGCGUCAACACUGCUUCCACAAACAUGACGAGUGUUACUGACUCAAGCGUCGAGAACUCGCUCAGAAGGCAAGAUAGCAGUCAAGAGCAUAGUUGCAGCUCGCAAGAAGCGUUGCCGUCGGUCGCUCAAGACGGGCUCACAAGUAGCACCGGUUGCGGUGGUCACAAAAUGAACAUGGCUCCUUCAAUCGCAACAUGUGGGUCUUACGUCACGGCGGCCGAGAACGGAGGGAUCGUGAAUACGGCAGUGGGGAAGGGGUUAAUCUCGGUGUGCAAGGAGGAAGACAGAGGGAGGCAGGAGGGCGAGGGAAAAUGCUCCGAGGACGACGUUUUCCCGCCACAACAAAAAGACGACAACGACCAGAAGACAACUCUCGGGACAACCGGAGCUCACGACCUGUUCUCGAAGCUCGGAGAAAGCCCCGACCCUUCAAAAGCUGGUGGAAUUUGGUUCUAA